CAGAGAGGGUCAAGAUGAGUCUACGGAAGCAAACCCCUAGUGACUUCCUAAAACAAAUCAUUGGAAGGCCAGUAGUUGUAAAACUGAAUUCUGGAGUUGAUUAUCGAGGUGUCCUGGCUUGCCUGGAUGGGUAUAUGAACAUAGCUCUGGAGCAGACAGAAGAAUAUGUCAAUGGACAACUAAAGAACAAGUAUGGGGAUGCAUUCAUCCGUGGAAAUAAUGUGCUGUACAUAAGCACUCAGAAGAGGAGGAUGUGAAGAUGCCAGGAGGAGGCUGUUUUGUACUCAGGAACCUCUUCAAAAUGAUGAGCCCCGUUUGAUUUGCAGUUAAUAAUCCACAGGUGAAAGACACAAGUGUUUAAGUAUGUUUUUUUUUAAAAAAUAAAUAUAAACCAGUGUAAACUUGCUGAUUGUUUUUGUUUCAAAGUAUUUGUUCCACUGUACAGAAACAAAUAAAAGAGAAGCAUGGAAUACUG